AUCAAAUGGACCUCGACUCUUUCAACACCCAAAUUUUCUUUGAGCUGCUGCUGAGGCAGUCCCAGUCUGUCACCUCCACCCUGGGCCGCUUCAAGGAAGAGGUGAAAGUUGUGUAUCACAGGGUAAUGAAUGAAAUCUCCUUGCUGAAAAACCUUUGGCUGAAGGCUCUGAGCAGCCCAGGAAAGGGGGAGGAAAAUGAGGAGAACACAGGAAAACAGCAGGUGUCUUUUCCUGGAACCUCUCAGAGCCCCAGGAUUUUUGGCAGCCCCGAAAUCUCAAACGAUCCCCGCGACUCCAUCCCACAAAAACUGAUCCCACUGCUCCAAUCUGCACUCCAGGUGCUGCAGGAAAACCAAAAAAUCAAUUUAUCCCCCGAGGACCCAGCAGAACCACACAACAAGUGGCUGAUGAAGAAAAAACAGAAUUUCCUUCACCUCCUGAGCAGCAGUGGAAGGGACAGCCUUGGCCACAAGGCACACCCUGAAGAGGAGAUUUUGGGCUCCUUUUCCCGCUCAGAGCUGGAGGAUAAAGUGGAUGCAUUAACCGAGGAGCUGGUGCAGAUUUUAGAGGAUGAGGAGCAGUUUUUAAGCAGCGAAGGCAAUGAAGAUUUUCUCUCUUAUUACCUCGAAAUAACCAGCUUGGAGAAGGAAAAUUUGGUGAAACAAAUCAAUGCAUUAGAAGAGGAACUAGCCCAGGGCAGAAAGAUGUGAUGCUCAAAACUCUGUGGUUUGGCUCCUCUGCCUUGGGCAUGAGGCUUCAAUCCAGAAUAAAUCCUUUAUUUCUGCUUUAAUUCCAGCAUCUUCCUCCCCUCCAUCCCAGGGGCUCCUUAAAUCAGCGCAGGGAUUGAAGUGGCAAGACUUUGGCCUGAGGAAAUGACAUUUCUGGCCACAUCCAAGCGCUCAGAAGAAAUAUUGCUGCAAAAGCCCAGCCUCGGAGUUUCCAGGAACAGGAGCAGAAAAUAGAACCGCUCAGCUUCCAGCAUGAAAUAAAUUAUUCUUUAAACUCAUGCAUCACUCCACGAGGUGUUCUGAGGCCUCUGCAGCUGAGAGCUGCACUUUUCUGAUUUUAUGACACAGCAAAAACUGCAGAUACAGUUACUUGGCUUAAUGAGAUCCGUUUAAUUAAACUUAAAGUGCAAGAAAUUAAUGUUUUCCACCAUGGAA